GAUUAAGGGAAAACACAAAAUGGGAGAAGUGAAUGCAGCAGACUAUUCAGCUUUCAAUUUUGACUGUGCCUUGGAUGCAGGAUGUGUGGCUAAAAGAAAAUUUUACUCAACAGGUGGAUCCCAGCACGGCAGGACGCCAAGAUUGCAGUGGAAGUGUGGAUAUUGAGAGUUCUCUCAGGCAGUGGGUAGAAGCUGAAACUGACAUGUUGAGAAAUCUCACCACACAUUUCCCUGCAUACUCCAAGAUUGUGUCCUAUGCUCAGCUCCAAGGCAUUAUAAGAAAUUUCAAUGCAGUUAUGAAUGAUUGUAACAUGAAAGAGAUGAAUAUAUUUCCUAGUAGUUCUUCAAUCAACCAGCUCAUCUCAGAUUCUUUGAUGGAAUUCUCAAGAAUUUGAUGGGAGUCAUGCCUCAAGAGUAAAGGACGCAACUCUCACACAGCAACGGAGGACCAGCAGUUGAUGUUUGCUGUCAGUGUGGCUGGUGAAGUGUACACAUUCCUGGCUGAGGUGUGCAACUUCUAUCAUGAUGUGUUUUACAGGUGUGUGCUCAUGUGUGCAUAUCAAUAAAAUUUGGUACAUCUCA